AUGGCUGAUAAGAAAGUGAGGUUUUGUGUGUUUUUUUCCAUUUUGGUGUUGUUAAGCGCAUGCAAUGCAAGUGUCGUAAAAGGCCAAGUAGACGCAUUUCCUCCGGAAUCUAGCCAGCGGCGAGACCUAGUGCCUGCCAUGUUCGUUUUCGGAGACUCCCUUUCGGACAAUGGCAACAACAACAACUUCCUGAUUUCGUUCGCAAAAGCAAACUAUUUCCCUUACGGCAUCGACUUCAGCGAGGGCCCCACCGGCCGCUUCUCCAAUGGCCUCACUAUGGCCGAUGUUGUCGGGGAAUUGCUAGGACUGCCUCUAAUACCUCCCCACACGGGUUCAACAGUCGAACAAAUGCGGUUCGGAGUUAAUUUCGCCUCUGCUGCUGCCGGCAUCCUCGACAUCACGGGAAAAAAUUUCGUCACGCUUAUCCCGUUUAACGACCAAAUCAAUAACUUUGAGAACACUCUCGACCAAAUCAUUGACGGGCUUGGCUCCAGCUCACCGGAUGUGUCGGACGCCUUGGCCCGAUCCAUUUUCUUCGUGGCCAUGGGCAGCAACGACUAUCUCAACAACUAUCUCAUGCCUAAUUACGUGACCCGAAAUCAGUACAAUCCGCAGCAGUUUGCGGAUCUAUUGAUCGAAGAAUACGGCUGCCAGCUCACCAGGCUGUACAGGCUUGGAGCAAGAAAGUUUGUGAUAGCUGGGGUAGGCCCGUUGGGCUGUAUCCCGAGCAUUUUGGCCCAAGGUGGUGGGGACGGUAAUAUGUGCGUGGAGGAGGUGAAUCAGCUCGUUGUCCCGUUUAAUGGAAACACAAAGGCGAUGAUCAACAAUCUCACAAAUAGUCUCCCGGACGCCUUGUUUUCGUUCAUCGACAUUCAUAAAUUGGUGGACGAUGUCCUUUCCAAUGCUAGAUCAUAUGGAUUUAGUGUGGUGAACAGAGGUUGCUGUGGGACAGGGAGGAACAGAGGGCAGAUAACUUGUCUGCCGUUCCAAACGCCUUGCCCGGACAGGAAAAAGUACGUUUUUUGGGACGCUUAUCACACGACAGAGGCCAUGAACAGAGUGCUCGCUCAGAAAGCUUUUAAUGGGAGCACUGAUUUUGUUUAUCCCGUGACCAUCGAGCAACUCGCAAACCUUUGA